AUGAUUCUCUUACAAGACUGCCACUUGGUGGCAGCAGAUCCAUGUCUCCAGGUGACCUCCCAGUUGACAGAAAUCUGGAGCCCUGAGAAUGGAAAUGGUUGGCUGCAGGAGUGGAUCCACGAAGAACUUGCCAAGGGGGAAGUCUGGCACACGCGUUACGAGAUGUUGCUGGAAGAACAAACUCAGCUCUGCUCCUUGCAGCAGGCCAAGAGUCUCAAACCCUUGGAGAAGAAGAUCCAGGCACUGCAAAAGGAGCUGGAGGAAGUGCAGGAGUCCCUGCAGGAGUGCUGGAGCCGGAGCUGCAAGUACCGACUGUGCAUCCACAAGCAAGUUGUCAAGCGACAGCUGGAGGAGAAAUCGGGCAACGACCGUCUGAAGAAGAUGAGAACGGAAGACUGCAAACUGAAGACGCAGCUCCUGCUGGAGAAUCUGAGUGCCCCCGUCCAAGAACUGUCUCUGAUGAGUCAGGAGCUGCAAAGAUACAUCACCCUCUUGGAAGACGACGUGAUGAAAGCUCAGCUGGAAGCAGAUCUCUUCCAGAAAGAAGUCUUCUUUGAACCAGCAAGGACCUCGUUUCUUUGGGACAAACGAGCGCCAGACUGGAUGAAAAGAUUUCUGUACCAGGAACCAGAAAGAAUCAACACCAUGAAACAGCUCCUUUCCAGAUGUGUCCCAUGCACAGCUCUGUGGACUGCAUGGCGUCUGCUCUGGGCAUUGACCAAAGCCCUGCCUUUGCUCCUGCUGCUGGUGGUGGUCUCCCACUUCCUCUACCACUUCUUCUUCUCCUGCCAGCCCUGUUCUUGCUGCUGCUCGGCUCCCUUCCUCGACAUCAAACCCAAGAUUUGA